GAGGUGGUUCUCGCGGCAAAGCCAGUUGCUUACCCUCGAUCCUCAAGGAACUUUACAGUGUAGGUGUUUUCAGGUCCAGGGAACAUGGCUGAUGUCGCUAUACGAACACCAGUGCGCCCAAUGCUAUUUCCCACCUAUCUCUCCGCUUCAUGGAAGUGAGUUCGCCCAGUGCGAGGAGGGUAAACAAAUUAGGGAGCACAAUUCUCGCAGGCACUUUUUUUUUCAGGAGGUAAAGAUGUCGAGCAGCCCAGCACAUUGCAGAGCUCCUGCUUGUGAGGCGAAUGUUUAUGUCAAUGAUUUCAUUAUCAGCCCGAGAACUCUACCUUCUAGGACCUCAGCAGGACCACCAGGUGUCCCGUGGUGCAGGGCUCAGAGUCAACACGGGAAGCCGUACUAGCCAGCAGGGAGCUGUCUACACCAAAAAACCCGAAAGCUAACCUCACAAAAGUUUCAUUGGUUCUCGGGGAAAUAUCCAGCGCAAUUCCUUUAGAGGCUUAUUUAUACUAGGUUUGGGCAGACUACUCUAGGCCUUCUGAUUGGGUCGAAGCACAGUAACGAAGCAGCCAAUGAAAAGCCAGGUCUGCAUGUAUCUUUUACAUUUGCAUUUGUGACGACACACUAAAAUUAAUCCAAUCAGGAACGAAAUCUUGCUAACCUCAUUUGAAUACCGCAUCUAUAAAUAAACGGGGCUUUGGCGCUCCCGAUUAUUUUCCCAGGUCUUAGUUAUAGUGUUCUAACUUAACGCUAGGAUGCCUGAGCCCACGAAGUCGGCUCCGGCCCCGAAGAAGGGCUCCAAGAAGGCGGUGACCAAGGCGCAGAAGAAGGACGGCAAGAAGCGCAAGCGCAGCCGCAAGGAGAGCUACUCGGUGUACGUGUACAAGGUGCUGAAGCAGGUGCACCCCGACACGGGCAUCUCGUCCAAGGCCAUGGGCAUCAUGAACUCGUUCGUCAACGACAUCUUCGAGCGCAUCGCGGGCGAGGCGUCCCGCCUGGCGCAUUACAACAAGCGCUCGACCAUCACGUCGCGGGAGAUCCAGACGGCCGUACGCCUGCUGCUGCCCGGGGAGCUGGCCAAGCACGCCGUGUCCGAGGGCACCAAGGCCGUCACCAAGUACACCAGCUCCAAGUAAAGUUGACAAAUGAACGACUUCAGCAGUCUCGUCCUUGACUUACACUCCCAGCUGCCUUCCAAACCUUGGCUGCAGGAAAGAAGCCUGAGGAGAGGUGGAGAUCACGUUGGGGGAAGUUCCGGGUUCUUGAGCUUCAUUCUGGUGGCAUGUGUUUGCAGCGCUACACAGGAAAAAAGGCUCCCUUUGCUUUACUUGAACAGCAGCAUUUGAGUGACUUUUCCUUUCAUAACCAUGACAUCUGCUACCAUGGAUAGGGAACAGGAAUUGUGGAAACGUGAAGGACUAAAGUUUUAGAAUUUGGUCUAAAAGUUUAACCAUGAAGGUUAAGCUGUAUCUCAUAAGUACGAAACAAUACAAGUAUCACAACCAAGUUAUGGCUAUUUUUUAGGAAAGACAGAGGAGCAUAGGGGGAAGAAUAAAGGUGAGAGAAAUCGAGAGGGACUCAGAAAAAGAAUGGAAGAAGCAAAUGGCGACUACAAAAGGACAGACGGAGCCUGAAGACCACAGAGAAGCCACAGAGCACGCUAGUCAAAGAAAGCAGAAAGGGAAAAGAGGGAGUUGAGCGGAUAGACCUUGUCAUGUUUUGGAUGCUUCAGCUGGGUAUACCACCUGUUACACACUGAAAUACUCCCCGCAUUUAUUGGAUUUUGGGGUGAGUGGAUGGAUUACAGUGUUACCACAUCUGGGAGAUACUCUCUGAUCAGCAAAAGUCCAAUGGCACCCUUCUAUCCCAUUCUUAACUUAUUCUGUUCAUUCUUCAUUACACUUAGCAAAAGUGACAUGAAUUUGUAUAUUGUUUCUUUCCUCGUCCCGUUCUCCAGACAGCAAGCUCCACUGGCAGGGUUAGUCUUUUUUGCUGCUGACUCCCCAGAGCCUAAGGCUGUUGCAGGCACACAAUGGGCUCUCAGUGAGGAUUUGCCGCAAUCAUAACUAAUUAAAGUAUAUGUAUAUCUAUAACAACAGGGAUAGGGGCCAGAGCUGAGUUGUUGCAAUGGCUCAAUUUGUAGAAUGAGUGACCCCAUUUCUGAGUCUCACUUUCCCCAUUUGUAUAACAAAAAUAAGAACAGUAUACUACACCUUAGAAUUAUUUUAAGGAUUGAGAUAAUUCAUGCGAAGCUCUCAAAUCAGUCAUGGAUAUUUUCUAAGCACUUAAUAAUUGUUACCGAGUAUUACAUUUUCCUUAGUCAUCGAAUUAAAAUGAAAAUCAGAGUAGCCAAUCCUCUUUCAGGUCAAAAACUAAAAGAAGAAAAUAUGAGCCUUUGAACUACUUGAAUGCCGAGUAGUUGAAUCCCCAAGAAGGAUAGCUGGAGCUUUCAGAACAAAGAUCAUCUUGUUCAGGAAUAUCUCUUGGCUAAGCAUGAUUUGAUUCCUUAUCUGAUCAUGUUAAAGAUGACUAAAGUGUAGGUAGUAUUAGAAGAGAGUUAUACGAGCAUAUGUAAAAACAAACAUCUGUUUUGUACACCAAAAAUUAAUGCUGAAGGCAAAAUGGCGCCUAACAAACUCUUUUUAUUUCUUCAGUUAGGGGAAAAAUAUGAGUGCAGAUGAGAAAUGAAUGCAAACAACAAAUGAAUCGGCUCAUAGAAGUUAUGAAGUAUGAAAAGUAAUCUGCCUGAGAAUGAUUAAUGUGAAUAUUCUGCCCAAAUCCAACCCAUUCUUGUUUGCUAUACACUGAUUCAUCAGGAGAGCCUUAGCUAAGUGAAAGAGCCUAAAUAAAGUGUUUUAGCAUUUUCACUGUA